AUGGCAUUCCGCGUGAUCUCUCCUAGAAUCCUCAAGAACCUUCGUUGCAACACCACGACGAAGCCCCUCAAGACAUUCCACCCUUCCAUCUCCACGGCCAUCGCGUCACCGUCCCCUGCGGCAGCGACGCUAAGCUUAGAGGACUCAGAGCAGCUGUUUGGGUCGGUGUCGACGAAACAGUUGCUCCGAUCCUCAGUUGUGCAACAUGCAAUGGCGGUGGAGUCCCUGGUGGACUUGGGAAUGUGGGUGAUGAAGUCGAGCGUGUUCGAGAGUGGAGUGAUGAAAGAUCUUGUGAUGACCACCAUGCGCCAGACGUUCUACUCCCACUUUUGCGCCGGCGAGGAUGCUGCCGCUGCUGGGAGGAGCAUACGGGCACUGAACGACACCGGGUUGCGUAGCAUGCUGGUUUAUGGGGUGGAAGAUGCUCACGAUAAUGAGGGGUGUGAUAAGAACCUUCAAUGGUUCCUUAACAAUGUUGAUGUUAGCAAAUCCUUUCCACCAUCCUCUGUUAGUUUUGUUAUUGUGAAAAUCACUGCAAUAUGCCCCAUGCCACUGCUAGAAAGAUUAAGUGACCUUCUAAGAUGGCAACAGAAACACCCUUCAUUCGUUUUGCCAUGGAAGCAAGAUUCCCUCCCGAUUUUUGCAGAAUCUAGCCCUCUGUACCACACACAGAAGAGGCCAAAGCCUCUAACCCCAGAAGAAGAGAGUGAUCUUCAACUUGCCAACCAACGACUCCUUAAACUUGGCCAAAAAUGUGAGGAAGCUAAUAUGCCUUUGUUAGUUGAUGCUGAACACACUACUGUUCAGCCUGCUAUUGAUUACUUCACAUACUCUUCUGCCAUCAUCCACAACAAGGAUAACAACCCCAUUGUGUUUGGAACCAUUCAAUCUUACUUGAAAGAUGCCAAGGAGAGGUUGUUGCUGACAAUAAAGGCAGCAGAGAAAAUGGGAGUUCCAAUGGGGUUCAAACUGGUGAGGGGUGCUUACAUGUCCACAGAGAGUAAAUUGGCUGAGUCUUUUGGAUAUGCAUCCCCAAUUCACGAUACCAUUCAAGACACACACAAUUGCUUCAAUGACUGCUCAUCAUUUCUGCUUGAGAAGGUUGCCAAUGGACCUGGUUCAGUUGUUCUUGCAACCCACAACAUUGAAUCUGGCAAAUUGGCUGUGGCAAAAGCACAUGAAUUAGGAGUCGAAAAGGUGAAGCACAAGCUAGAAUUUGCACAGCUAUAUGGAAUGUCAGAUGCACUUUCCUACGGUUUGAGCAAUGCAGGGUUUCAGGUUAGCAAGUAUAUGCCAUUUGGGCCUGUAGAAAUGGUUAUGCCAUACCUUCUCAGAAGGGCUGAAGAGAAUAGAGGAGUCUUGGCUGCUUCAGGUUUUGAUAGGGAACUGGUUAGAAAGGAGUUGGGAAGGAGACUAAAAGCCUCAGUGUUCUAA